AUGACCCUCAAUCAAGAUACUAGUAUCUUCAAUGGUGUUUCUUUCAAACUUGAGGAUGAUACCCCAGAGAACCGUGCGAUAAUCAACUCCUGGGGCGAAGUCGUUGAGCUCUUCCCACUUCGAAUAUACGACCUCGCAGCCCCAGCUGCUGACCCAGCUGCUGCGGAACAAGUUGUCCGGGUUAUCACCAAAGUUCUCGGCAAGCGUGGUCCUGACAAUGUUUAUCCACCCCACGUUCAGGGAAAUGUUCAUCAACUCCAUGCUCAAGGAUUAGACGGGCAGGGUAUUAGAGUUGCCGUUGUUGAUACAGGUAUUGACUACCGUCACCCUUCGCUUGGUGGUGGGUUUGGCCCUGGAUUUAAAGUCGAGUUUGGCACCGACUUAGUCGGUGACAGGUAUAACGGCAAGAAUACCCCAGUUCCUGACAAUGAUCCGAUUGAUUGUGCUGGCCACGGUACCCAUGUUGCGGGUAUUCUCGCUGCUGUUGACGAGCAAUAUCAAUUCACUGGUGUCGCUCCAAAGGUUACACUUGGCGCAUAUAAAGUAUUUGGGUGCCCUUCCGUCGGCACUACGGACGAGGUUCUCAUUUCCGCAUUCUGUCAAGCCGUAAAAGAUAAAGCCGAUAUAAUCAGUGCUUCGAUCAGUGCAUCUAGCGGCUGGGGCGAAGCCGCAUGGUCUAGGGCCGUUGCCCGCAUUGUUGAAGAAAAGGGUAUCCCAUGCACCAUUGCUGCCGGCAACGCUGGUGGCGAGGGCCUCUUCUACGCUGGAGCUGCUGGCGAUGCCGCCGGCGCUAUUAGCGUUUGUUCUGUUAAUAAUCUGGUGAUUCCCGUUAUAUCCCCAACCGCCAGGUUUUCUUCUAGUUCGGUUCAGAAUGAACGGUUUUCUUUUCAGACCCUGUCUUUAAGGUUCCCGGCGGAGGCCUUCGAGCUCUACGUGCCAAUCGGUGAUGAUGGGAAAAUAUCCGAUGCUUGUGUAGGUUUACCAGCUGACGUUGAUAUAACGCACAAGAUCGUGGUUAUCCGUCGUGGCAACUGCAACGUUCAGGUUAAGGUCGAUGCUGUAACGGAAAGGCUGCCCCCGAGCACGAACUUUCCGCCGGAAUUCCCAGCAAGGAUCAUGUUUAUUAGUAAUGAUACUGAUACCUUCUCACCGGGAUUUGAUGGUUUCGUCUAUGCCAGUAUAACCACUCCGGCAACCGGUGAGCUCUGGCGGGUGCUUGCUUCCCAGGGGAAAUCUAUCUCUGUCAGUUUCGAAGCAAAUCCUCCCAUUUCAAUUGAAAACCUCGAUAACCCGACUACCGGAGGUAGUAUAUCCCCUGGCAAUUCCUGGGGGCCGACUAACCGACUGAAUCAACGUCCACACAUUUGUGCCCCCGGCGGCAACAUUCUAUCUACCACUAGGCUGACCUUAAACCAAUGGUAUUCUGUUAAUUCUGGCACUUCAAUGGCUACUCCGUAUAUCGCUGGCGUCAUUGCCCUAUACCUCCAGAAAGCGAGGGCCGAAGGCCGAACUCAUGUCCCUCCUGCUGAAAUACGUAUCGGUCUUGCAACUACUGGCCAGCCCUUAGUUUUUAGCAAUGGAUUUGGAAAUUCAAGUUUUCUAUCUCCUGUUGCCCAACAGGGCGGUGGAAUGAUUGAUGCUUACCAGUUCCUUCACUCCAGAACUGCAGUCGACACCGAUUUUCUUGAAUUCAAUGACACCAGCGAUCGCCACUUUCGUAAAGCUAUAAGUUUCAAAAUCACAAACAUCGGAGACGCAGAGGCCUUUUAUGAUCUUACCGAUAUCUCUGGACCCACUGCCUACACUACCAUGAAAGACUCCACCAUUCCUCAACUUUUCCCACCAGAUAUGAUUCAAUCAUUUGCCGCGGUUGAUAUCGAACCGGUCGCUCUCAGGAUCAAGAAAGGCCAAUCAAAGAGAGUUACUGUUAGAGUUACACCACCAAGUGACCUAGAUAUCUCCAGAAUACCUGUCUAUGGUGGCUGGAUCAAGAUUGCCCGGAACGGCCUAGACAUUGACAGCAUCAGGAUCCCAUAUAUGGGCGUAGCCGCCGACAUGAACUCGUUCAAGGUCACUAAUUUCGAACAAGGUUACCCAAAGCUUCUCAACUACAGAAGCGAGGGUUCCACAGAAACCGGAGCCACGGAGCCACCGGUUCUCGCCUGGAGUCUCGUCCUAGGCUCCGCCGUCGUCCGUAUUGAUGUUGUUUCUGUGUCUAAUAAGCUAGCGAACGACAUCAGAAUCUUUUCCGCCGAUAACAUCAUCGGUUCCAUCCCAGGCUACCCGCUCUACUGGAACCCAAGAAGCGGGCGAGGUCAAGAGACCAAAGUAUCCUGGGAUGGCCAGGUGGUCAAGGAAGAAGGUGGCUCACCUAUUCCGGUUCCUGCUGGUACUUACCAGUUCAUCUACCGCGCUCUCAGAAUCGGUGGCAGCAAAAGUACUGGCCGUGAUUACGACCGUUGGGUUUCAGACAAGUUUGUUUGGUCGCCUGCAUGGCCGUAG